UAAGAUGGUCAGCUCCGGAGGCGGGGCCUCCCGCGGGAGACAGGCGGAAGCAGUUCGCUCCGCGACCUGGGGGGUGGAGGGGAGUAGCGCGGCGCUGUAGGUCCGUGGGCCCUUCCCGAGGGCCUCGGGAGGUCGACUUGGAUCCCUGCGGGCCCGGAAAGGCCCUUCCUCGCCUUGGCCACGUUCCUCCUUCUCCUGUCCAGACCCAGACGAGCGCCGGCACCAUGUCGGCCUACCCCAAAAGCUACAACCCAUUCGACGACGAUGCGGAGGAUGAGGGUGCCCGGCCGGCCGUGUGGAAGGACGACCGCGACCUCCCGGAUGGGCCCGGAGCCCCCGUGGAUAGGCAGCAGUACCUGCGGCAGGAGGUGAUGCGCAGGGCCCAGGCCGCAGCCGCCAGCACCGACAGGUCCCUUUCCCUUGUAUACGAGUCCGAGAGGGUCGGCGUCGCCUCUGCCGAGGAGCUCGAUCGUCAGCGAGGUGUCUUAGAACGCACAGAGAAGAUGGUGGACAAGAUGGAUCAAGAUUUGAAGACAAGCCAGAAGCACAUUAACAGCAUUAAGAGCAUGUUUGGGGGAUUCGUCAAUUACUUCAAAUCCAAACCAGCAGAGACGCCACCCGAACAGAAUGGCACCCUCACCUCCCAGGCCAAUAGCAGAUUGAAAGAAGCCAUAAGUACCAGUAAAGCACAGGAGACACGGUACCAGGCCAGCCACCCAAACCUCAGGAAGCUGAAUGACUCAGCAAUUUCAGACCCCAUCGCUGGAGGGGCCGGUCCUGCCAUGAGUACCGAGGCUUACCCGAAGAACCCACACCUUCGAGCCUAUCACCAGAAGAUCGAUAAUAAUCUAGGUCCCUUGCUGGGCCUCUGGCCCCGCCUGCCUCUCCACCCCUCCUGCCCUCGUCAUUUGUGGCUCCAAGUGCUUUUCCACCCCUGCCCGCCUCUGCCCGGAGUGUCCUUCCUCCGCGCUGUUUGAAGGUUGGCUCCUUCUCCUGCUGCGGGCCUGGCUUUAACGCGCUGCACCCUGUUGGAGUCACGUACCUGCUGGCUUAUCUGGUGUCUUCUAACCACACUGUAAAUUCCAGGGAACACAGGACUAUUUCAGUUUUGUCACCACUGUGCCCUUUUGAGCGGAGGGAGAGAAGCUAGUUACUUGAAGUUCAAGUGGGGUAGUGUGUGUGGGCCGUAGGAGCAGGCGUGGAGCGGUUUCCAUGAGUUCGUUCUAGGUGGCAUCUCAGAUGUGCUGCCUCUUCUGACCUUUACCCCAUGAGCAGGAACCUCCCCCACGGUUCCCUGGGUCGCUAUCAGUCUCCCACCCCUGUUGGGAGAUGGCAAAGUGGGUGAGACCCAAGUAAAAUCUCCCCCUGCUCUAAAGGUAUCUAGUUGGAGACAAAACUGAGGCCCAUGAUGAUGCACAUUGAGCGUCUAUGCUCAGACUUCCUCCUCCUGUCUCCCCACAGGAAGGACACUGAGGGCCCCUCCCCUGGUUCGCCCAGAGCAGUGGCCAUUCCUAGCAGCCUGGAGCGAACAGCCCGUUAGGCGAAUCCACACUCUUUCUUUUUAACAACAUUUAGCCUUUGUGUCUGAGUAUUUAGAUUCAUCAUAAAAAAUUAUGAAGUUAGGUAAAUGCCAUGAGGAAGGAAACACCUGGAAUCUUAUUGUCCAGUAGUAGCCACUGAUUUGGUGUCAUUCCUUCUGUUUUUCACAUACAUAUGUACAUACGUGGAUGUACAAUGUCAGAUGUAUGAUAUCAUUCAGUAUGUACACUUCCAUAUCCUGCUCUUUUAUUUAUGUUUUGAACACUUCCCUAAACCUCUUGUCUCUUAAAAUUUCUUUGAAAAGCACCACUUUAGCAGUCCCACGCCCUGAUCUUGGACACUUAGGUUAUUCUCAUCAUUCGCUCCUGCACAUAGUCCCUUGGUCAUUCCUGUGAGCAAAUCUUUGGCUGCACUUUGUACCUAGGUUGCUAGAAAUGGAAUUACACAGUCAGGGAAAAGAGCACUAAAAGAGAUCUCCACAGAAAUGAGACGUCAAUUGGAGACAACAGACAUAAGCAAGAACAAAGAAAAGAAUCGUAAUUUGCCCACCGGACAGCUCGCCACCGCCGCCCUCUGUGCGAACAUCGGCACCAGGCCUGCAUGGCCAGUGCCUGCCAGCAGCAGGGGAGAAGGCCCAUCUCCACACUCUGCACACCCAGUCAGGCUUCCACCCCAAACCCCACCUGCCCUUUGCCUUCAGAGCCCAGGGAAGCCCCAGGGAGCCACCCCUUUACUGGGUCCUCUGGACUCUGCCCUCCAGAGCCAAAGGCCUCAGGCAGAAGAUGCAUGUGCUGGGAUGUGACCACUCCAGAGACAUACAGAGGGACUUGAAAGCCUCCCCACUGAAGGUUUCCCUACCCAAAUAGUGUCACUGGCACCAGCUGGAGAGGGAAGGGGGAGACCUAUGGAGGGGCCUGGAGUUCAGGGAGUGAGGUGGGGAGAAAGGGUGAGUAAGUACAGCCCAUCCCCGGAGGCUCAGGUGGUGCAGUUGGCACGAGACUACAGCGUGGGCAGGCCGGUCCCAGCAGGAUGCAGUGCGGCAUGCUGAGAAGGGCUGGGGUGGCACUCGAGCCAUGGGGCCCACUGACUCAGGCUGUGCCCGGCUGCCCUUCACAAGAUUGCUCCUUCCUUCUUACCACACUCCCCACACCUCCCACCCCCACCUUUAUCUCAGGGACUAGUGCAACUCUCCCUCUGACGGCAGCUCCCUUGUCUGGUGGCUUUACUUUAUCACACUUUUUCCUUUUUUUUUUUUUAAUCUCAGUAUACCUAUUGCUUGUCCUUUUCUGUCCCAACUGCCAGCGCACUCCCUGAGGCCUGGGGUGACCGCACAGACUUUACUCUCCAUGGAAUGCAAGGUCACUGGUGUCAGUAAAUUCAAGAAGCAUAGAGCUUAAGACAACGUUUGAAAAACAGACUUGAUUCUGCUUAGAUUUGUGGUGCUAGUGCCAAGUGUGUGUGUAUUCUGAGCUUUUUUUACUUAAUGUUUUAUCUUUAAUUCAGCCACAAAAAGGCUUAUGAAGCACCUCCUGUUCUCUAGGUUCGCUAGGGCUGAACCUUUGCCAAAAGUUGUGUGCUCCACAGUCCCUGUGGGGCUGGCCCCAGGCAGCAUCUCUGAAGGGACCCAGCACCUUCAGCCCUUUGUUCCUUUUGACACGGGGACCCUGGACUGCAGGGACCUCCAUAGCCAGCUUCUUCCUGGCUGCAGAGUAGACAGAGGAAAUGGUGCUGGCCCAAUUCAGGUUGUGUCGUGCCCCAGGACAUUCACAGCAUCGAUGUGUUCAUGGAUCUGAGAAGUGGUAGCAAUGAAUGAAUUGACAUAGGAAAAUGUGAAUUAUCAUAACAUAGGUGACAAGACCUCACAGCAUUUGGGUCCAGUGGGAACAUCUGUAGUCCAUGUGUUUUCUGGGAGAGCACCCCAGGUGGCAAGGCAGGAACAAAGCCCCCAUUUCUCUUGCCGCCUGCAGAGUGGAAGGAGGGGUGGGAUGCGGCCUUCUCCAGGGGGGAGCCUGGGGCAGGAGUAACCCAGGUGUGGGGGCUCCCUUUGGACAGGGGCUUCCCAGGUCUGUCUCCCAGAUGUGUUUCCAAAUAGGGAUCCUCAUGCUUGCUACUCCAAAUCUGUGCUUGAUCUAGCUUUAGGGAGCUGGAGACGGAAGGAAAGCUGGUACUGUUGAGUUCUACCCACUGAUGUGGGGUUUUUGCUCCUGAAGAGCAGGCCAGCGGGUCUGGCUGUUGGUUACCUGCAUACCUCUCCCAGGUACUCACCAUGGGGUCUGGGGAGGGAAUAUGUUUUCUAGGUCCCUCUGUACUUCUCUUUUUCUCGGGUACUAACUGAUCUUGCAACGUGCCGCAACCUACUAGAACGUUCAGAGGCAGCUGAAAAAUUAUGUAGAUCUGUAUGCAUUUUUUAAAGCAGGAAGGACAGACACCACUGUAUUAACAGCAGUUAUCUUGGGCAGACAUCUAGGGGAGGAGUGGCUUUACGUGACGCACACAUUACUUUAUAUGGAGUCAGCGGGUUUUCUUUUUACUUGCACGUGUUUUGGAAAACGUAACCAAAGCCCUAGAGUUUUACCUGUCUUAUGAGAAAGAGGACUCGGUGAUGGGAGUGUUGCUGAGCAGCGGGCACGGAACGAGCAGCAGCCCUUGAUGCUGUGACUUCGCUCAGCACUGUGUGUCCUUUCCCUC